AUGACAACGCAGACAUCCGAUAGAAAAUGUGGUUAUAUUAUUGAACAUAUGGAAGAUGCCAUGCAUGAAUGGUGUGCACUAGAAUACAAACAUAUGCUACAAAACAUUGGCCCUGAUCAUCUUUACUUUACUUCGCUAACGGAUAAAUGUCUUCAUGAAGGCAUGCCUGAAGAAUUGAAAUCAGCCCAAUGCUACCAAGAAGAUGUCCUUCAUGUACCUGGUAUCAAAAAGGAAGAGAUUUGUUUGUUGGAUCCAGCUGGAACAAAGGAAUUAUCACCGGAAGAUGGAGAAAGAUUUAAGUACUUUUUAUUUGGUGGUAUCUUGGGCGAUCAUCCACCUCGAGAUCGUACGGGUGAAUUACGUAAGCUUGGAUUUGAAGGUAGAAGGCUAGGACCUGUUCAGAUGACCACGGACACAGCUGUGAAUGUUACCAAAAGAGUGGUAGAAGAUAAGAGUAAGUUGCAGUGGUUAUUUUAUUUUUUUUGGGCCAUGCUUGAAACGCAUGUCAUUUUGUAG